AUGGAUCACCGAGGAAGUGUUCCUCUAUGGGAAGCCAUUCUCGGAAAGCAUGAAGCUACCAUCAAGCUUCUCUUGAGCAACGGUGCCAAGCUCUCUUCCAGUGAUAUGGGCCAAUUUGUAUGCAUUGCUGCUGAGCAAAACAACCUCGAGUUACUACAAAACAUCGUGCACUAUGGUGGAGACGUAACAGUACCUAGGAGUGAUGGCACGACUGCUCUACACUUCGCCGUUUCUGAAGGAAACAUCAAUAUGGUCAAGUUCUUGGUUGAUCAAGGAGCAGACAUUGAUAAGCUCAACAGCAUCGGCUGGAGUUCUCGUAAUCUGGCUGACCAACAGGGGCAUGAAGAGAUUAUAGCAUUCUUCCAGAGCAAAAGAGGUCAGAAUGAUAACGUGGACACUAGGACUAGUCGUAACAUUUCUCCCUCAGUUCACUUUGGGAGAUAUCGCAGCGAGCCAACAAUGCAUCAUGUUGCUCACGAAGUCUGGCAUACAACAAGAACUAAGAAUAAUGGGGGUAAUGUUCAUCAAAGGAAAACGAUAAGUAAUUAUGACAACUCGUUGUUUGGGAUCAUGUCAGCAGCUCGUGUCAAUGUGGGUAGUGAUGGACUGUUCUCUACAGCACCUCCUCUUAGUACCAGAAGCAUUGGAGACCAAAAUCCUAUCCGAGUAACGAUAUGUUGUCCUGAGAAAGAGGACAGGUGUGGAAAGCUUGUGCUUCUUCCUGGGUCGAUCACAGAGUUGCUGGAGAUUGGAGCGAAGAAAUUUGAAUUCUUGCCUACUAAAGUUCUCAGUCAAGAUAGAGCCGAGAUAAACGAGUUGGGUGUUAUCAGAGAUGGCGAUCGGCUUUUUCUAGUUAGCGAUGAUUGGAACAGGGAAGUUCAUUCAUGAAUGAGAUAGAUUACAUUCAGGAAUCUGAGUCGAGGUUUCUUUCAUGCAUAAAGCAUAUGUAUACCGCAAGAACAAUGGAUGGACAUUCGAGUGCAGAAUGUACAAUAGAUGGGAAAUUGAGGGAGAAAGCAAAAGAAAGCGAAACAUAUUUCACUUGAGAAAAUUUAUAUAUAUUUAUGUUUGCUAGUGUAGCAAAUUUUGUGUGAAUAAGAUUGCAUUUCCCAUGUAAUUCAUUAUUCAAUUAAUUAACUAAUUAAAUUUUUACUCUUACCUUUUUUUUUUA